GUAAUAUAUCCUCCACAUUCAAAACUCACAGAUAAAGAGAAAACCAAUAUUUGCUAUUUGUCUUUUCCAGAUUCUAAUUCAGGCUGUCUUGGGGACACACAAUUUUGUUUUAGAUUUCGACGGUCUCCUGGAAGGAAAGUCUCAUUCUGUUGUUUUCUGGACCAAUUGGAUAGAGAUCUACCAGUUUACUUAAAGAAAGAUCCAGCUUAUUACUAUGGCUAUGUUUAUUUCAGACAAGUUCGAGACAAAUCAUUAAAAAGAGGCUAUUUCCAGAAGUCGCUGGUCCUCAUCAGCAAGCUGCCUUAUGUCCAUCUCUUCCGCACCAUGCUUAAGCAAAUAGCUCCAGAGUAUUUUGAAAAAAGUGAAGCUUUCCUGGAAGCAGUUUGUAGCGAUGUUGAUCGUUGGCCACCACCAAUUCCAGGGAAAAUACUGCAUUUGCCUGUUAUGGGUAUUAUAAUGAAGUUGCGAAUUCCAACAUACCGUGACAAGCCUGGAACAACACCAAUAGUACAGAAUAUGCACCAGGCAGAUGCUCAGAUCUCCAUGGCUUUACCAACUGUUCAUGAAGUAGAUCUUUUCAGGUGUUUCUGUCCAGUGUUCUUUCACAUCCAGAUGCUUUGGGAACUAGUACUGCUAGGAGAACCACUUGUUGUGAUGGCACCAUCACCAUCAGAGUCUUCAGAAACCGUGUUGGCACUUGUUAGUUGUAUUUCACCAUUAAAGUACUGCAGUGAUUUCAGGCCGUACUUCACCAUACAUGACAGUGAAUUCAAAGAAUAUACAACUCGCACACAAGCCCCACCAUCUGUCAUUCUAGGGGUGACAAAUCCUUUUUUUGCUAAAACACUUCAGCACUGGCCUCACAUUGUCCGAAUUGGAGAUCUUAAACUUCCAGGUGAAGUUCCAAAGCAGGUGAAAGUGAAAAAACUGAAGAACCUAAAAACUUUGGACUCCAAACCUGGUGUUUAUACCUCUUACAAGCCAUACUUGAACAAAGAUGAAGAAAUUGUUAAACAGUUACAAAAGGGAGUACAACAGAAGCGUCCUACAGAAGCACAGAGUGUGAUUCUUCGGCGCUAUUUUUUGGAAUUGACGGAAAGUUUCAUUAUUCCAUUAGAACGUUAUGUGGCAAGUCUAAUGCCUUUGCAAAAAUGCAUAUCACCAUGGAAGAGUCCACCACAGCUGAGACAGUUUAGCCAAGAUGACUUCAUGAAGACACUGGAAAAAGCAGGACCACAGCUCACAUCAGGUUUAAAAGGGGACUGGAUAGGACUUUACAGGCAUUUUUUGAAAUCACCAAACUUCGACGGUUGGUUUAGGAGCCGGCAGAAAGAAAUGACGCAGAAGUUGGAGGCCCUUCAUUUAGAAGCCCUUUGUAAUGAGAACUUGGUUUUCUGGAGUCAGAAGCAUACUGAAGUAGAAACGGUGGAUCUUGUCUUAAAGUUAAAGAAUAAACUGUUGCAGGCUGAUAGAGAGCAUCUUCCUGUGAAAACUGACACACUGAAAAAGCUGCAGACACACAUCAAUGACAUUAUACUAGCACUUCCAGAUGACUUACAGGACAUCUUGCUCAAAACUG